AUGAGCCCCAAAGAGAAGAAGAGCAAGUCGAAAAAGAGCGCUCCAGUCGCCGAUGUACCUGCUCCACAGCUCCUUGCUUCCAUAGGGCAAUUCCUUAAAGAUGCCGGUUUCAAUUCUACUUCCACCAUUUUCAACGCCGAAUACGAAUCCAAAAAGGUUGAACGUCCAGAGGUUUAUCCAAGUUUGAAAGACCUUUUUGACCAAUGGCAAUCAAGCAAGGGGAAUUCAAAGGACGAGACGGCGAAGAGCGAGAAAAAGAAGGAGGCCAACAAAGAAGAAGAUAAGAAAGAAAGCAGCGACGAUAGCGACAGCUCCUCCGAAGCCGAUGAUGAACGAGCCGCCGCGUCUGAGUCUGACGAUUCUGAUUCUGACAGCGAUUCAGAUUCCUCUGAUGACGGGGCUAAGGAGGAUAAGGAUGAAUCCUCAGUUACUAUAAGCGGGGAUGAGAAUAAGCCUUCGAGCAGCAGCGAGAGUGAGAAAGACUCUAGUUCUAGUUCCGACUCCAGCUCCGAUUCCAACUCAGAUUCGAAAUCAUCAAGCUCGUCCUCAAGCGCAUCCUCCUCCUCUUCCUCGGAGAGCGACAGCGACAGCGACGACGACAGCAAAAGCGUUGCUUCAAAGGCAUCUUCCAAAUCCACCUCUCGCAAGGCUUCUAAAAAGAGCUCUUUCAAAAGUGAUUCUAGUUCGGACUCGGAUUCCUCUAAUGAGGAAGACAAGAAGAGCAAGAAGAACAAGACCACUGAGGCCAAACCCAAGGAGAAGUCUUCUAGCUCCUCCAGUUCAGAUUCGGACUCGAGUUCAAGCUCGGACUCAAGCUCUAGUUCAGACUCAAGUUCGGAUUCUAGCUCCGAUUCUAGUUCCGAUUCUAGCUCUGAUUCAAGCUCAAGCUCAGAUUCGGAUUCUUCAUCUGAAGACGAGAAGAGCAAAAAGAAGUCGAAGAAGUCGAAGAAGUCGAAUCAAAAAUCCGCAAAAGAUCUUCCGAAGAAAGAAGAGGUUUCUGGUGACAAACGCAAACGGGGCGACAGCUCUGACGAACCAGUAUCCAAAAAGGUGAAAUCGGAAGAGAAGGAUGCAGAGUCUUCCAGCGACUCCAACAGCGGAUCUAGUAGCAGCUCUAUCAAUGACUCUACCACCAAAGAACACAACCCAAAGAAGCCUUUCCAGCGUGUUGACCCUACUAAAGUUGUAUACGUGGACGAGCGUCUAAAAGACAAUACUUUUGAAUCUUUGGGCUUCUCGGAAAACCACUACACAAUGAAGGCUCACAGGGAUCUUAUUGUCACAAAGGGGAAAGGGUUUACGAAGGAGAAGAAUAAGAAAAAACGGGGGUCUUAUAAGGGAGGAGCCAUUGAUUUCACCACAAACUCGUUUAAGUUCACGGACUAA